AUGACACUAUUUGAGCGAUUUAUCCAAUUCAAGCUCAUAAACCGACAACUUAUCACUGACCAACAGGCCACGGAAGCACUUAACAAGUCCAAAGAGGAUGCCUGGAGAAUGAUUGCAUUGUCAUAUGACAACAGAGACAGCGUGGACACAUGUGAUGACAAGUUCCGAUUGGAGAUGAUCAAGUUCCUACUCUUUAUAAACCAUCAGUAUGACAAUGCGUACAAGAUCAUUAUUCGGAUGUUGAACGAUUACCUGUCAAGUGGAGAUCUGGCACUCAUUCCAUUCUUGGCAUCCGUUAAAUAUCAUGAUGUUUCAUUGAUCUGCUGCAUAGUCGAGCAUGGCACUCUGGCCCAAGCCCAACUACUAGUUCAAUUUAUGGCAUCCAAACCAGAGCUUGAGUCUUUGUUCCAAGACCUCGGCAAUUACCGCAAAAGUGAUAAUCUACUCAACCCUGUGUUCAUGACAUCACACAACAGCUCACUCAAACUGGAAGUGCUCAUGAUGUUCAACGAUCACAAUAUUCAGUUAGACAAAGCACCCAAUGGUCAAUCGAUAUUCGAAGGCUCGAUGGACAUGCUCGAAUUCCUGGUGUCCGACCGCAACAAGAUCGUCAAGUUCACACCAUUGUUCAUUGAUGUCAAACACUUGGAGUAUGUUCUCGACAAGUCACCAUUAUUGAUCAAUCACAAUCUACAAAUUCAACUUGCUGUGAUGCUUCACCAACAUGACAUUGUCCAACUCAUCUAUGGACUCAGGCAAUUUGACAGUAGUGAAUACUUGUUUGAGCUGACAAUGGAUGGGCGUCCAGAUUAUGACAUGUUCAAAUGGCUGAUGGAUCAUCACACUUCAAUAUCAACAUCAUACCUCGAGCGAAUUGGUCAAAUUGGUGACACUAUUAUGGCAGACAUGGCCAUUGAGCAAUCAAAUCUAAUCAGACCCAACUUCUCACUCACCUCUACAACAAUCAUCGAUGUUUGA